AUGGCAACUGGCUCCGGAACUUUUCACAGUGAAGGCGGCAAGAAGAUCAACAGGCCAGAUCCACUCAUCCGAAGCUCAAGUGAUCGUGUCAAUGAGGACUGGAUGGGCGCUGGUCACGAUCCUCGGUCGGUUGGGUCGGCCAACAAUACAAAGCCACUACCUGCCCAAUCACAAGCGUCGCCAGUUCUGAACUUGUUCACUGGCUACAAGGGCGGCCGAAACGGAGCCCAGCAGGCAUCGUGGCCAGGCAAACCCAUAUACGAUCCGCAACGAGCGACUGAGAUUCGACGACACAAUAGUGGCAGCCAAACCAACUAUAGCUGGCCUAGCUCGCGAUCCACUUCUCCGGCUCUUCGAGAUCGACAGACCACAGAUUUCCAAUCCAGCCAUACGCAAUCUGAUGCCGCAAUUCCUGCCAUUCCAAGCCAUGACAAGACUACGAGCGGCGAGAAGGAGAAGUGGACUCCGAGGGCAUUACUCAAGGCUCGCGAGUUUGGCCAGUGGGACACGGCGUGGCAGCUGGAGAAGUCAUUCGAAAUACCGCACGAGAACGAUGAUAAGAUUUCGCAGAAGCUACGAGACGAGAUAGAGGCGGCGAGGACACCCAAGUCGAAGCAAACUUCCCCAAAGAAUGAGCGUAAAGACAUGAUCAAAGCUGAAGAAUUCCGAAAGUCCGAGGAAAGCGACAACUCCAGCUUGGCUUUGAAGUCCAGUGCCACGAAUCAGACCUUCUCUUCGAUCGAAAACUCCUUGGCCGAUGACAAAGCACAGAGGAAGCCAGUGAAAGAUACCGAUAAGCUGCUCAAGCAGGCCUUAAAGAAGCGGAGCGUCAUUCAAAAACUGGAAACCCGAGCGAAGGAUGAGGGUCGCUCAGAGAACUGGACUGAAUUGCAGGUUCUGGUGGCGAAGAUCGAUAAGGAGAAGACCGAGCUUCUCCAGUUGGAGGGCAGGAUUGCUACUCUUCGCGGUGAACAUCCAGCGGACGAGUUUCUCAAGACCGGGACGGCGCAAGAAGCGGGCAAGAGAGAAUCCGUUUCGACAAUGAAGUCCAAAUCGGCGCCGGAGCCUGUCACUUUGGAGGCUUCUGCUUCUUCUCAAUCCAAGUCCACAGGCCCCUCUUCUCGCAGUCCAGACGCGGUGAUAGUCGCACCACAACCUCAACCCCCAGCGUCGAGCUCCGCGUUAGGUGAUUCGAUCUCGUCGGCAAGUGUUCAGGAUGAAAUGGCGAAGUCCGCAGAACCAAAGACGGCCAGUCCGCUUUCACCAACGUUUCCGGCGGGACAUCCGCUUGUGGGCCAAGAGAAGACAUUGAUUCGAGACAUUCUCGAAUGCGAGCAUCGGAUCUCGGACUGGAUCGGAGUCGUAGCGAAAGCUGUGACUAGCGAGGACGUUUUGCUGAAACAGAGAGCCUGGCAGUACAAGACGAACGAGAUCCCACAGUUCAGCAAAUAUGUCGCACUGCGCCGCGAGGAACUGGCCAAGCUGAGGGCUCCCCAGCCGGAGCCAGUCGAAGAUCCAUUGGAGUCGCAUGAGCCUACGCAGCUCUCCGACAUAGAGGAUGGGCCGGAGCACGCGAUGGGCCCGAGAUCUCCUCGUCCUCACGACAGUACGCUGGCCGAUAGCAAAGCUGGGGAGGUGCCCAAAAACGGUACGGCAGACCCAAGCCACGACAAGAAGGAUACAGUCCGCUGGCCACUGCUUGAAGAGAAAGAGGACUACGAUCUCAAGAAGUUGCAGCCUCAAGGUCUACAAGCUUCGAUGUGGACAGACCCGAAUUCGCCAUCCGAUGAAAAGGAUCGUUUGAACUCGUUGGAUUGGGCGAUGUUGCCAACCAAAGAGCAAAUCAUCGAAGUACCCGCAAAGGCAGCUGGCACCCCUGACACACCCGGUCUCUUCUCCAUCGCCCCACGCCGGAGAUCGAAGAACGUGACCGAAGAGGAGGCAGCACGUCUGAAAGAGGCCGCAGCAGUGAAAACACCACCUGCGCCCAGCUCUCCGCCCAUUUUCUCUCCGGAGAAAGCAAGCUUUGCCAGCGGAGCCGAAGCCUCACCAUCCGACAAGCUCCAUCGACGCUCGAAAUCCGUUUCCUCCGCCCUCCCUUCACCGGUUUCAGUCCACAGCACUCGCCGCCCAUCAUCCGGAACCUUCGCAUCAGGCCAAGCGCCAAAAUUCGUACACUCCAAAACCUCGCCCCUGGAACCACGUUUCUCCACCACCUCCGCCCAGCUGACCCGCGACCUGGACUACUCGUCUUUGGAAAAGUCUUAUAACGAUGUCCUCGAAAAAUUGAAAUCCCUCACCUCUGAACGGGAGUAUUGGGAGCGAAAAGCUCGAGGUCUGGGCGAUGCCGAGCAUCAGAACUUGACCGAGCAGUUGUCCAAAACCAAGGCGGAGUUGUCGUUGACGCAUGAUCAGAGGGAUUAUUGGAUGCGGAUUGCGAAUGAUCGGGGGGAGGAGAUUGAGGAGUUGAAGGGGAGGAUUGCGAGUUUGGAGAAGGAGGUCUAG